AUAUCUGGUUUCAAAAUGGCGUCGCGUCCGGGAGACGAUAUGGACGAUAUUCGCAAAGUCCUCUUCAAAGAAAAACCACAAUACGUAAUCGGGACGGCCUGUUCCCAGAAGAUGGACGUGGUCGCGGCCAAGGCAGGCAUCCGGUUCGAACACGACGUGGAAGUGAGCCUCGCUUCUCUAGAGAAAGAGCUGCAUGAGGACCGUCUGCAGAAGCUGCGGGCGGCAGCCGAGAGCCUCAAAGAGGAUGAGUGGCGCUACGACCCCAUCGAGAAGUUGCUGGGGCUCUAGGGGCCCCCACAGUAACCCUCCGACAGGCCUCCGGGCAGGGCCCCCACAACGAGAUCAUUGGGAGAAGACAAUCUGCACUGCGAGCAGGCAUCGAAACAUAUUUCAUAGCAGCAUUCUUUUGGGCAAGGACUGCUUGCCCGUCAUUUUCUCCUUCAUAUAUUUGUGCGGCCCCUUGCCCUAGGUCAUAGUCACAUAAGCAAGUGGGUGGAGCUUCCCCCACCGCCGUAAGCCACCUUGACUGUGUGACACCAUUGAUCAUCAGGUUUGCGUACCAGUGGUAGAAGGGUGCCAUAACCUGUCGAGUUGGCUCCUACUCCGUCACCACCCGGACAGCUGCAAGCAUGGGCCUGGGGAGGUGAUUGCUCCACAGGUGCUCGUGCAGCGGAGCCAUCUUGGAAGGCUGGAAGCUUCAGCUGAGAAGUUGAUGAUGUCUCGUGCACAACACGGGCAGAUGAGAAGCGUUGAAGAGGAAGCAAAAAGAAGUCAACAUUAGCGUGUGCACCGGUGGGCUACACUGGUCGAACUUGCCACCCUGCCCCCACACGUAUGUGCAACAUGUGCCAGAAACUAGCUGGAGGCAGCAUGGGGCAGUGUGGAGCCCACUCGCCUGCCGACGUGUUUCGGCUCUGUACUGCAUGAUCUCCUUUCCCGCUGGGAGUUUCAAGUGUUUGAGGUACUGCAGCAGGCCAUCGAGUCUGGUUGGACGUCACUGCAGAAAGUUUGCCUUGCCCGCAACUUGACAUACUCAAAUAAAGUCCUUUCCUGGUC